AUGGUUCGCGGCGCUGCAGUGGGCACACACGGCACUCCGAAGCGCAAGCCCGCCGCUGCCGCGAUCCGCCGGCCCGCCGCAGCGACUCCGAACAUUCCCGUCAAGACCAAGUUCCGUAAGUUCAGCCAGAAGAAGCGGAACAAGCGGAGUUCGCAGGAGCGGUCAAAGAAGAGUUUGGCGAUGGCCCGCAAGGCGAGGGCAGCGUGGAAGCGAGAGAGGGCGGCCCUGGAGCGCACCGGCGUUUUCUACACUCCGACCGAGCAGAAAGGCGCUGAUACGGUGCGUCGGGGGCGGGUUGCCAAGGCGGAGCGGUGGACGUUCGACGAGAUACUUGCCAUGGGCGACGCGGCCGCUUACUGGAUGCUCGUGAAGCUCGGUUUCCUCCAGGACCUCCACAACACGGAAUGCGCAGGCUGCCAGUGGCCCUUGGGUAAGACGUACUUCCGCGGCGAACGUCGCCCUGGGGUGCAGUGCUACAGGCGCGGUUGCCGCGAGUUUAACAGGGCAACAUCUGGGACUUGGGCAGACCACGAGAUCCCAAUGAAGAAGCUCGCCGCCUUGGCGUGGCUCGCAAGCGGGCAAUUGACAUGUCAGAUGCAUGAGGAUGACGCAGCGCAGCUGACAGGAGUGGCGCACAGGACUUGCAAGGAGGUCUUUGACGCCUUGCGCGACGUCAUUGCUAUCGGCAGUAAGAUGGAGCAGCGCGAUGUCGCGUUCUCUGGGCAACGCGAG